AUGAGAGCUUACAGCAUGUCCUUGUAUGAGGAUGUUAUGAAGGAAGAACCAAAGAAUUGGUGUAGAGCUUGGUUUAGACUAGACAGCUAUUGUGAGGAUGUGGACAACAAUGCAACAGAGUCUUUCAAUGCCACAGUUGUCAAGGCUAGGGCCAAAGCAUUGGUUCCUAUGAUGGAAACAAUUAGGAGACAAGCAAUGGCACGUAUAAGUAAGAGAAAAGAGAAGAUUAGCAGAUGGAAGAAGAAGAUAUCUGAGUAUGUCUCAGACAUUCUGGAAGAAGAGUGGGAAAUUGCUGUGCAAUGUAAAGUGACGAAAGGAACACAUGGAAAAUUUGAGGUUUGGAAAGAUGGGAGCUCUAAUGCUGUGAACUUGACCACUGAGGAGUGGGACUGCUCAUGCUGCAAAUGGCAAGUCACAGGGAUUCCAUGUGAACACGCCUAUGCAGCAAUCAAUGAUGUGGGUAAGGAUGUUGAAGAUUAUGUGGUUCCAAUGUUUAACACUCACACUUGGCAAGAACAAUAUGAGAGGGGGCCUGAGCCAGUUAGAUGGCAAAUGUAUUGGCCUACAGGUUUAAGGUUAAUAACUGCACCUCUUGAAGAUCCUGUUCCACCUGGGAGAAAGAAAGGUGAGAAAAUGAAUUACAAUCGGAUCAAGGGUCCAAAUGAGUCACCAAAGAAGAAAAAGAAGAAGGGUGAACCAGAGAAACUAAAACUAGGAAGGAAAGGAACAACAAUGCAUUGCAGAUCUUGUGGUGAAGCAGGUCACAAUGCAGCUGGAUGCUACUGGAUCGUCUCAACCACCAAAGGAGAAGAAGAAUACUAA